AUGUCUGCCUCACCAGAGCCCCAAGCCGGCUCGCGCGCCGCGUCUCCCGAUCACGAGGAACCUGAAAAGGCCCCGACCCCGAUUGCUGCAGACGAUGACGAGGGCGACAAGCCUGCCGAAUCUGUUGCCGAGGAUCAGGAAGAUAACGACGAUGAAGAUGACGACGAUUCUAUUUUGUCCGAGGUCGACGAGGCGCAGUUCGAUGACUUUGAUCCGGAGAAUGUCGAUGUUGAAGACCGCCCACAGCUGGCGAUUGAUGAGGAUAACCUAAAACUGAUUGGUCGGCACAAGCGCAAGCGUGCCGAUGGCGAGGAGGCCCGUCCACGUCGUAAGGAGGGUCGUCGUGAGAAGAAGAGCCGUCAUGCGCGCGAUGAGGAGGAGGCGGGAGGCGAUGAAGGAUCUGCUCGCCGACAGAAGAAGAAGAAGGAGGCAGAGCCUGAUACGGACGAGGAGACUUUGGACCCCGAGACACGUCGCCGCCGAGCUCUUGACCGUGCCAUGGACGAAGCUAUGAAGAAGCCUACCAAGAGACGGGCCCGUAAGCAGGAUGGUAUUGAUCUUGAGGCUAUGGCCGAUGCUGAAAUCGAGGAAAUGCGAAAGCAAAUGACCCAGGCAGCUCAAAUGGACGCUAUCAAUCGCCAGCAAGGCAAGCCGGCCAUGCACAAGCUCAAGCUUCUUCCCGAUGUCCUUAAACUUCUCAACCGCAACCAAUAUGCGAACAGCUUGGUAGACCCGGAGAUCAAUCUCUUGGAGGCCGUUCGAUUCUUCCUUGAGCCCUUGGAUGACGGAUCCAUGCCCGCUUACAACAUUCAGCGCGACCUGCUGACCGCCCUGACCAAGCUCCCCAUUCAAAAAGAUGCCCUGAUUGCUAGUGGAGUUGGCAAGGUCGUUGUGUUUUACACCAAGAGCAAGCGGACCGAGAACAGCAUCAAGAUGAUGGCGGAGAAGUUAUUGGCCGAGUGGACCCGCCCCAUCCUCCAGCGCAGCGAUGAUUAUUCAAAGCGUGUGUUCCAGCAGGCCGACUAUGACCCUACCAAAAUCACCAAGCGCACAUCCACCACCGCCGAGAUUGUUGCCGCCGAUGCUCGCGCUCGCGACAAGCUUCCCCCUCGUCUCGCCAACCGUGCCCGUGUUGACCGUACCCAAGUCAGCUAUACUGUUGUUCCCCGACAAACCGCGGUGCAAGAAAGUCGGUUUGCCCGACCAUUGGGUGCCAGUGGAGAGGAUCGUUUCCGCAAGAUGCAGGCCCGGCAGAAUGCGGCAUCCAAGGCGUCCCGUCGAUAA